GCUGAGGAGCAUGCUGAAACAGCUGGAGGAGAAAGAUGUCGACUUUGAAGAGAUCAAAAAGAAUCUAGAUUUCACAGCAUCGUUACUAGAGGCAGUUUACCUUGAUGGAACAAGGUACACUAUACAGUGUCUGGACUCUGAAGACGAUCUACAGCAGCUGCAGUCAGAUGGGGUGCCUUCGGAGGUCACCGACUGGCUGGCAUCCACCUUCACCCAGAGGGUUCGACGGCCUGUGCGACGCUCAGAUGAGAAGCCCAAGUUCCGCAGCAUCGUCCAUGCAGUGCAGGCUGGGAUAUUUGUGGAGAGGAUGUUCAAGAGGGCCUACACUGCAGCCAUGCCCGACCAACCUGCUGUGGUUGUAAACUGCCUCAGGGAUGUCGACCGCUGGAACUUCGACGUGUUUGCUCUGAAUUCGGCCAGCUCUGAUCACGCACUACGAACUCUUUUCUUUGAGCUGAUCACCAGAUAUGAGCUCAACAGUCGUUUUAAGAUCCCCAUCUCGUGCCUGACAGAGUUCCUGUCUGCACUGGAGAGAGGAUACGGCAAACACAGCAACCCCUACCACAGCCACGUUCAUGCUGCUGAUGUGACUCAAACACUGCACUGCCUGCUGCUACGCUCAGGACUCGUGCACUGGCUGACAGAGCUUGAGGUGAUGGCGUCGCUGUUUGCUGCAGCUAUCCAUGACUACGAACACACAGGAACCACAAACAACUUUCACAUCCACACAAAGUCCGAGUUCGCAUUGAUCUACAAUGACCGGUCGGUACAGGAAAGCCAUCACCUGAGUGCAGCGUUUCGGCUGCUGCAGGACGACCAAAUGAACAUCUUCAUUAAUUUGACAAGAGAGGAAUGGAUGGAGCUGCGAUCACUGGUUAUAGAGAUGGUGUUGUCCACAGACAUGUCCUCCCACCUACUCCAAGUCAAAGCGAUGAAAUCCUGUCUACAACAACAAGAGCGGAUUGACAAGCCAAAAGCACUGUCUCUGUUACUUCACACGGCUGAUAUAAGCCAUCCGUCCAAGCCCUGGGCCCUGCACUCUCGCUGGACCAAAGCCCUGAUGGAGGAGUUCUUCAGACAGGGUGAUAGAGAGGCGGAGCUCGGCCUGCCCUUCUCUCCUCUGUGUGAUCGAAAAAGCACCCUGGUAGCUGAGUCCCAGAUUGGUUUCAUAGACUUCAUUGUGUAUCCUACAUUCUCUCUGCUGACGGACAUGGCUGAAAAGAUCGUCAUUCCUUUGGUGGAGGAGAAUCCAGGUCCACCAGACCCAUGUAACAGACACAGUAAUCUUUGGAAGGAGAGCUCCAGAGGUCUGCAGUGGAGUCUCGCUCACAUCACAGCUGAGCUGGUGAGUUUCCGCUCCACGUGGACACGACACACCGAAGACAACAAGCUCAAAUGGAAGGAGAGUGGCUCCAAUGGAUUUUCAGACCCCAGACUGACAAAAGAACAGAGGUCCAGACAAGAGGAGCUGUCAGAAAAAUCCCUGCAAGACCCCAGCACAGAUACAAACCAGUAGACAGUAGUAGUAGUAGUAGGUCUUCAUUUGUGAUAUGUGCUUUUUAACAUUGGGUCACUGUUUGUAACAAAACCACAAUGCCUUC